GUUGAGUUUCUGUGCCAUUGUUGUGUUGACUGACUUAUUAUCAACGCUGCUGAGGGAUGUGAUAAGCCGCUACGCUGUGCCACGAUGCAGCAUUUGACGUGAAUUAGCCAACAUUCUCUCUCGCUCUCGCUCCUACUCUUUUACUAUCUUAUUUACUUAAUCUUUUAAACUGACGGAAUGUUUAAAGAGUGGCGCAAGCCCAACCAUAAACGAUGGCAGCAACAGCAGCACCAGCUACAACAACAAACGCAACGGCAGCUGCGACGUCGCAUGCUUGACAGAGAGACGAUGAUUGUGUUUGUCUACGACACCGAGUGUCUGAAGGAUGAGGCAGAUGAUCCAAUUGCUGCGGUUCUCUACUUUCAUCCCAGCUGGGUCUCGGAUACACAAAAGGUGGCACUAUGUGGUCAGCUGAUGGGCACAUCGUACUUCCUUAAGGAUUGCUUCUUCAAGCCGCGCAUUCUAUCACUGCAGAAUGGCAAGUUUGUGCUCAAGGAGUUUGGUCGAUUCACCUUGGCUGUAGGAACAGAUCGCAAUAUUGCGGACCAGCUGCUGGAGCAUCGCGCGAAUCUACUGAGCUCUCUUUUGAAGUUCUUCCAUCGCGAUCUGCAAUCGCUGCACGAACAGUAUGCUCAGCCCGCCCAGCAACCGAGUCGGAAUCUCAGCGAGAAACUAUAUCACAUAUUCGAGACAUAUCUGCCGAUGCUGCAACGCAAUGGAAACACAUUCCAGAAUGUGCCCAAGCUGCGCAUGCCGAAGACCGCAAGUCACAUUUAUCUGGAGGCUAUACAGACGCUGCAGAGCUGUCAGCAAACAAAGGGGAUUCUAGGCGGCGCCAUUCUCUACCACAACAAAGUCGUUGCCUCACAGCUGGGCGAUGUGGUGACCAAGCAACUAGUGUUGACAGAUCCACGCCAUGUGCGCACAACAGCUGAGCAGCUCAACAUGCAACAGUUCCACAUACCACAUGGUGUCCAAAUGCUUGUGGUCUAUGUGGAGCAGCAGCAGUAUGCCAAACUGGCAGCGGAGGCGCAACGUGCACAGAAUCUGCAGACGACAACAUCGCAGUUGGUCCAAGGAUCGUUGCCAUUUCAAUAUGCGAAGCGUAAGCUUAAGCGCGACAAGUCGUUGAUCUUCACACACAUUCCCGAGGAAGAGCACGCAUCAGAUACAACGUCAGCCAUGGAAUUGCCCACGGCAAGACCCAAGUCGAUGCGGCCAACACAUUUGCCGCUGCGCCUGAAGAGUCUGCACAGCAAAGAUCUGCCCGAGUCGGGCAUUGCUUCGAUCAAUUUCGAUGAGACCGAUUCGUAUCCGGAGUUCAUUGGACGCACGAGUGUCUGCAAUACUCCGAUGACCGAGAAUAAAGUGCUGCCGGUGGCGACUGUCAUGUCCAUCUGUGCCAAUCCGGAUGAGGAACAAGUGGCCGAUGCGCACAAUUCCAAUGGUAAAUCGUCAACAGCAACGGCAUCGUCGUCCCGUCGCAACUCCCUCAAGAUGGAUGUGGAAAAGUUCUUUCAGAAUUUCAUUGGUAAUCCGCACAAGCAGCUGACGCGUCGCAAAUCCUCCGCAGAUCUCCAGGAUGCCUUGCGCGCUAUAUCCAAGAAGUUGGGACACUUUACGCACAGCUUCAAGACCACAACGGAUGUGAAUCGCAAUGGCAACGGUGUCACAGCAGACAUAAGCAGCGAAGUAUCUCCAGAUUACAUAGAGAAUGAUGAGCGCAGCAGUUCUCGGACCAUCGGCGAUCCCACCUAUCCCGUUUUCAAUACCAAUGGUCAGCAGAUAUCGGGCAGCUUAUUCCAACAGUUCUUGGAACAGUAUCGUAAACUUUGGGGCGCUGCCAGCGAGCAGGCAUCGCAGGAUGCUGAGUUGGCUGCAUUGGUAGCCGAGUUUCAAGAGUUUAACCUGGAAAUACAGAAGCUGGACGAGCACAUGCGACAACAGGCCGAAGCUUCGGCAGAAGCGGCAGAUCGUAAUCUAAAUGUUGCCGCCAAGACGCCGAUGGAUAAACGCGCCAUGUGUCUGCCACUUAAACCCGCCGGCGAGUCCAGCAAUGUGGAUGCACCGCUCAGCCAACGUCGUGUUGGAGGCGCUGGUGUGCCGUUGACACCGCUUAUGGCGAAGCUAUCGGUGCUGGCAUUAAAUGAGGCGACACCCAUUGAGAUUCAGACACCGUUGAAUAGCAGCAAAGUAUUUCCACGCCGCAACUCACUCAAGUGCGAGGAUGCAGUCGAUGCGCUGUCUGCUUUUUCCAAUGCACCGCAAGCUCAAUUAACCACCCAGUCGGAUGGACUGCAGCGCACAGAGUUAUACAUAUGUGGACAGCAGAACAUGACGCUGCUGCUGCUAAUGGAGGAAGGCUCCUGUCGCCAACAGACAAUUGUGCAAAAGAUGUUUGACAUUUGCGUUGCGAAAUUUCCGCACAUGGAAUCGCUGUUGAAUCAAACGCUCAAUGUAAAUGUGGAGGGCGACAAACGAGAUGGCAGCAACUAUAGCUUCAUGUGCAUCGAUGCCAAGUGGGAUGCUCUGCAGCGUAAUGGACCGUGGAAUCCGCUUGAGAUGACCACUCUGGAGAGUAUGCAUCGCGAUCUGCAGCAACCAAGUGGUCAACUCACCGACCUCAUACUCAGAUCUCAUGACUCUGUCUUCUAUGGCUACAAAUGCGGACGGACAGAAUACUUCUACAAGGAGCCAACGCAUGAGAUCAAUGGCAUUCCACCGCCAUCAGAUCCGAUUGGAAACAUACAGAUGCGUGCCAAGUCGCGCCUGGAACGUGAUCAUUCCUACAUGCUCCUGUAGAUUUCAGACAGAAUAACCAUUUAUACAAUAUACAUACAAAUACUCGCAAGCUUAGCCAAAAAACAAACUUACAAGAUAAUGUCCAGAUGUUAAAUGGGAGACGCCCGGGUGCGAAUCCCAUUGCCAAUUUAAUGCCAUCCGUUGUAACUGUAACUUUAUUUGCCAUCUCAAUCUGAAUUUGCACGAGUCUUUAUUGAUCACGAGUUGUUGAUCGCAACUCUUCAGCUCGUGUAGACGUAGUAAACAUAUUUUAAAAACUCUUUUAAACUAUGCAUCAUAGCUUUUAGUCCGAAUUCAUUUAAUGUUCAUUUCACUUAUUACAAAGUACAAAAUGAUUUAUAUUUAUUUAUUCCUAAACAAAUAAUGUUGGUUAAUUAUUAAGUGAUCACGCCAAAAGAAAAAUAUAAUUACCGGGACAUGAAAUGCAAUUUCCUAAUUUUAAUUUCAAUUUACUAUAUAGUUUCUUUAAAUAUUAAACUGAUGGAAUAACAAACGCUAUUUACUAUAUGAACUUAUGCAAAAUCGAUUAAUUACUAAACGCGUAGUGCCAAUUUGAAUGAAUAUGCCGUCGAUGUGUAUAGAAAUCUUAAGCCUAAGCUGACAUACUUAAUUUCCGAAUUUAUGUAUGCAGGUAUUUGGGAGAUAUGCUAUAUGUUUAUAAUUAUGUGUAACUUUAUAUGUAGCAGAGCACUGUAAAUUGCAAACUGCAAAUUAGCAAACGGGUGCAAUAAGUAUUUAAAUAAAAUAUUCAAUAUUUUGCGAGUUUGCGUUGAUUUUAGCCAAAAAAAACAAAA